AUGAAAGACGUGUGUGCAGACCAGAUUACAUGGGAGCUGCCUGCCAGCCCAUGCGGCCGAGCAAAGGCUGUGCGCAGGAGAGUGCCUGGAGCCAUGUGCAGAUGUGGUGCUCGUUCCAGGCCUCAUUCUCCAGACCUUCACUUCACGAGUCCGGCUGGAUGCCACCAAGGGCAACAGAACGUGGGCUACAGAGAACAAGUGGCUUUUGUACAAAGCUUUUCAGACGUCUGUAAUGAUGACCAGAUUUUUGAAGAAUUUAAUGGACAACUCGACUCCCUCUUUUUUAAUGAUGGUCAGCGAAGAAUCGACUUCGUUCUAGUAUAUGAAGAUGAAAGUAGAAAAGAAAACAAUAAAAAGGGUUCAAAUGAAAAACAAAGGAGAAAAAGACGAGCAUAUGAAUCUAACCUCAUCUGUGAUGGCCUGCAUUUAGAAGCAACAAGAUCGAUUUUGGAUGAUAAGCUUGUAUUUGUAAAAGUACAUGCCCCAUGGGAGGUGUUAUGUACAUAUGCUGAGAUAAUGCACAUCAAAUUGCCUCUGAAACCCAAUGAUCUGAAAACCCGAUCCUCAGCCUUUGAUAAUUUCAGCUGGUUUACCAAAGUCCUCCAAGUGGAUGAAAGUAUCAUCAAGCCAGAGCAAGAGUUUUUCACUGCCCCAUUUGAGAAGAACCGGAUGAAUGAUUUUUAUAUUCAGGAUAGAGAUACUUUCUUCAAUCCAGCCACCAGAAGCCGCAUUGUUUACUUCAUCCUCUCUCGGAUCAUGUAUCAAGUAAGAGACAAUGUUAAAAAGUUUGGAAUUAACAAACUUGUCAGCUCUGGGAUCUACAAAGCAGCUUUCCCUCUCCAUGAUUGUAACUUCAGCCAUAAGUCAGAGGAUCUCAGCUGCCCAAGUGAACGGUAUCUUCUGUACAGGGAGUGGGCUCAUCCGCGAAGUAUAUACAAAAAGCAGCCCUUGGAUCUUAUCAGGAAAUAUUACGGAGAAAAGAUUGGAAUCUACUUUGCUUGGCUGGGCUACUACACUCAGAUGCUCUUGCUAGCAGCGGUGGUAGGAGUGGCUUGCUUUCUCUAUGGAUAUUUUAAUCAGGAUAACUGUACAUGGAGCAAAGAAGUUUGUCAUCCUGAUAUUGGUGGCAAGAUCAUCAUGUGUCCUCAGUGUGAUCAACAUUGUUCAUUCUGGAAUCUCAAUAUUACUUGCGAGUCCUCAAAGAAAUUGUGCAUCUUUGAUAGUUUUGGAACCCUAGUGUUUGCAGUAUUUAUGGGAAUAUGGGUCACCUUGUUUUUGGAGUUUUGGAAGCGGCGCCAGGCGGAACUUGAGUACGAAUGGGACACUGUUGAGUUACAACAGGAAGAGCAACCCCGGCCAGAAUAUGAGGCACAGUGUACUCACGUGGUGAUCAAUGAGAUUACUCAGGAACAAGAGCGUGUUCCCUUCACUACCUGGGGAAAAUGUGUCCGUAUAACCCUCUGUGCAAGUGCUGUCUUAUUCUGGAUCCUGUUGAUCAUUGCUUCCGUUAUUGGGAUCAUUGUCUACAGGCUCUCAGUGUUCAUUGUGUUUUCUACCAAACUUCCCGAGACCUUAAAUGGGACAGACUCAAUCCAGAAGUACCUGACUCCACAGACAGCCACGUCUAUCACAGCUUCCCUCAUCAGCUUUGUCAUCAUCAUGAUUCUGAACAUCAUAUAUGAAAAAGUAGCCAUCAUGAUUACGAAUUUUGAACUCCCAAGGACCCAGACUGAUUAUGAGAACAGCCUGACCAUGAAGAUGUUCUUAUUCCAGUUUGUCAACUACUAUUCUUCAUGCUUCUACAUCGCAUUCUUUAAGGGCAAAUUUGUAGGUUAUCCAGGAGACCCAGUCUAUUGGCUGGGAAAAUACAGAAAUGAAGAGUGUGACCCAGGUGGCUGUCUCCUUGAACUGACAACACAGCUGACGAUAAUCAUGGGAGGCAAAGCAAUCUGGAAUAACAUACAAGAGGUGUUACUUCCCUGGGUCAAGAACCUAAUUGGACGAUGUCGCACAGCUUCCAGAGCAGAAAAAAUAACCCCGCGAUGGGAACAAGACUACCACCUGCAGCUCAUGGGCAAACUGGGAUUGUUUUAUGAAUAUCUUGAAAUGAUUAUUCAGUUUGGGUUCGUCACCUUAUUUGUGGCCUCUUUUCCACUGGCCCCUCUGUUGGCUCUGGUGAACAAUAUAUUGGAAAUAAGAGUGGACGCAUGGAAAAUGACUACCCAGUAUAGACGCAUGGUUCCAGAAAAAGCCCAAGACAUCGGAGCAUGGCAGCCCAUCAUGCAAGGAAUAGCAAUUCUGGCUGUGGUGACCAAUGCCAUGAUCAUUGCUUUCACGUCAGACAUGAUCCCCCGCCUGGUGUAUUACUGGUCCUUCUCCGUCCCUCCCUAUGGGAACCACACCCAUUACACCAUGGAAGGAUACAUCAACAGUACUCUCUCCAUUUUCAAGGUCUCAGACUUCAAAAAUCAAAGCAAGGGAAAUCCAGACCCUAAGGUUGUUAUCCCUACCACAUGCAGGUACCGUGAUUUCCGGAACCCACCUGGACACGAACAACAGUAUAAACACAACAUCUACUACUGGCACGUGAUCGCAGCCAAGCUGGCUUUCAUCAUUGUCAUGGAGCAUCUCAUCUACUCUGUGAAAUUUUUUGUAUCCUAUGCCAUCCCAGAUGUAUCAAAACGCACGAAGAGCAAGAUCAGGAGAGAAAAAUACUUAACCCAAAAGCUUCUUCGUGAGAAUCACCUCAAAGAUAUGACAAAAAAUAUGGGGGUCAAAGUUGAGAGGAUGGUGGAAGUGGUAGAUAAUAAUUUACGACCAAAAUCAGAAUAAGAGCAUUAUGUUCUGAGAAGCACUUUACAGAAUUUAACUCUGUCAAAAUAUAUUAUGAAUCACUAAUGAGAAUGUUUAAAUUAAAACACUUUGGCAAAUAGGAGUCUUCGCUAUUGCCAUUUUCAUAGAGAUGAUUUUUCCGUUUCAGCCAGCCAUGCAGGACCUGGGAAAUGUAAAACUUAGAUCCAGAAGUGCAUAAAGCUAAUCACCUGGAAAACCAGAAAUAUUACCCUUUUUUGAUAAAUUGGAAUUUCUGUAACACAGAAAGUGUCUUGUAGUGUGCUUAAAAACCACCCCUUCCAAAGCAGAAUGGAUUUUUGUCCCUCCGUUUGAUUAUUUUCAUUCCUUUCUGUUCUCAAGCACAUGCUCCCCUUUUAGGCAGUGUUUCAUUUCUUCACUUCGCCAGAUCAGUCCCAGAGUUAGCUUUCCCUUACAGUACUGUCGCUAAAGACUAGACAUGCUAGCUUUUGUGUGAUUAAAAAUAGCUAACUCAGAAUUCGGUUUGAAUGGUAUAUUCAGUGGCCGAUAGACCCAAGAAUUCACAAUAUUCAGGUGUUAUUAGCACAUCCCUACAGAAAAUGAAACCUCACUUAAUAAGAGGAAAUAGUUUCAGUCUUCAUUUUGGCCUGUCUUUCCGAUCUCAAAGAAAUACUCUUAAUGGAUUGGAAUAAAGAUAGAUAGCAAGGUCCUGAAGUGUAUUUGUACUAAUCCACAGUGACACCUUUUAUCUUCCAGGAGCACUCCUAGAAUCUUCUGUGCCUAAUCAGUGUUGACUGCUUUGCAAAUCUCAAGGGAGUAAGAUGACAAAAGCAGGGAAAGUUACCGAUUCAAAUAGAAUCGUAACUCCUAUUGAUCAGGAUAAUUAAUUUACCUCUUCUAAAGAUAUGUAGUUUCUUGGGAAAAAAAUGAAAUCAAGGGAUUAAAGUUACAUUUGUAUCAGUGUAAUGGUUUGGAAAGAUAAGUCCAUCCGUUUCCCACCAGUUGUCCGUGAUUCCUCAGAUCCAGGAGGGAGAGCAUUAGAGCCCACAAGCACCACUGGGAAUGGCUCACUGUCUAGCCAGCGUGGCAGGACGGUGCUGUGCACGCUUAAGAGAACAGCAAGUGCUCUCAUUGUGAGGCCGUGUGGGGGGUGCCUUUCCAGCAGGGGUCCUGCAUAUCCAAGUGAUCAACAUACCAAAGCAUCUGCCAUGGUCAAGGUGGUUCCCUACAUCCUCCAUUCCCUGUUCCCAGCCCAGUAACUUUGUAACUUGCACGCACCAAAGGGUGGGUGGGAGUAGUGGUGGGGGAAGUGGAGGGAGACAGGAGCAGACCCAGAUCACUCCCAAUUCAGAAAAGAGGCU